AUGGUCUCUUUGCAGCUCCUUGCGGAUCCUUGCGCCAGCAACCCCUGUCACCAUGGUGACUGCAGCAGCAGCGACGAUGGCUACCUUUGCGUUUGCAGCGAAGGCUUCCGAGGGGCCAACUGUGACCAGGCACUUCCCAGCCCCCCUGCCUCUGGCUGGACCGAGGCCACAGCCCCUAGGCAGCUCCAGCCAGCCCCUGCCACCCAUGAGCCGGACAUCAGCCUGCCCCGCUCGCCAGCCACGGCGACCCUGCCCACUUGGCAGCCGAAAACGGGACAGAAAGUUGUGGAAAUGAAGUGGGAUGAGGUGGAGGUGGUCCCAGAUAUUGCCUGUGGGAAUUCCAGCUCCAACAGCUCCUCCGGGGGCCGCCUGGUGUCCUUCGACGUGCCCCAGAACACCUCCGUGAAAAUUCGGCAGGAUGCCACUGCCUCCCUGAUCCUGCUGUGGAAGGUCACGGCCCCCGGCUUCCAGCAGUGCUCCCUCAUCGAUGGGCGCAGCGUGACCCUCCUCCAGGCUCCCGGGGGCCUGGUCCUCCUUGAGGAGAUGCUGGCCCUGGGGCCCAACUACUUCAUCGGUUUUGUGAAUGAUUCUGUGACUAAGAGCAUUGUGGCUCUGCGCCUAACCCUGGUGGUGAAGCUCAGCACCUGUGCCCCUGGGGAAAACCAUGCAAAUGAGGUGGAGUGUUCUGGAAAAGGGAAAUGCACCACGAAACCAUCAGAGACCACGUUUUCCUGUAGCUGUGAGGACCAGUACGUGGGCGCUUUCUGCGAAGAGUUCGAUGCUUGCCAGAGGAACAUCUGCCAGAACAACGGGAGCUGUAUUGAUGCUCCAGAAAAGCAUGAGGGCCGCCACUUCACCUGCGUCUGUCCGGCAGGUUAUACUGGGGAGCUGUGCCAAUCCAAGAUUGACUAUUGCAUCAUGGAACCAUGCAGAAAUGGAGCGACCUGUGUUUCCGAGCUCAGUGGAUUCACCUGCCAGUGUCUGGAAGGUUUCUACGGCUCUGCCUGUGAAGAGAAGGUGGACCCCUGCGCCUCCUCCCCGUGCCAGAACAACGGGACUUGCCACGCGGAUGGCGUGCACUUCAGCUGCAGCUGUAGCCCCGGCUUCACAGGGAUGGCUUGUGCCCAGCUCGUUGACUUCUGUGCCCUGAGCCCGUGUGCUCACGGCGUGUGCCGCAGUGUGGGCACCAGCUACAAAUGCCUCUGUGACCCAGGUUACCAUGGCCUCUACUGUGAGGAGGAGGACAACGAGUGCCUCUCGGCCCCCUGUCUGAAUGCUGCCACCUGCAGGGACCUGGUCAACGGCUACGAGUGCGUGUGUCUGCCAGAGUACAAAGGAGGGCACUGCGAGCUGCACAAGGACCCCUGUGCCAACGUCAGCUGUCUGAACGGGGGCACGUGUGACAGCGAAGGGCUCAACGGCACGUGCGUGUGUGCACCGGGCUUUGCAGGUGAAGAGUGUGACAUUGACAUAAAUGAGUGUGACAGUAGCCCCUGCCACCAUGCCGGAACCUGCCUGGACCAGCCCAAUGGUUAUACCUGCCACUGCCCACACGGCUGGGUGGGAGCCAACUGUGAAAUCCACCUGCAGUGGAAGUCCGGGCACGUGGCGGAGAGUCUCACCAACAUGCCCCGGCACUCCCUCUACAUCAUCAUCGGCGCACUCUGUGUCGCCUUCAUCCUGAUGCUCAUCAUCCUGAUCGUGGGCAUUUGCCGCAUCAGCCGCAUCGAGUACCAGGGCUCUUCCAGGCCGGCCUAUGAGGAGUUCUACAACUGCCGCAGCAUCGACAGCGAGUUCAGCAAUGCCAUCGCUUCCAUCCGGCAUGCCAGGUUUGGGAAGAAAUCCCGGCCGGCGAUGUACGACAUCACCCCCAUCGCCUACGAAGAUUACAGCCCUGACGAUAAGCCCUUGGUCACACUGAUUAAAACAAAAGAUUUGUAAUCUUUUUUGGGGGGUGGGAUUAUUUUUCAAACAAGAUGGGUUACUUCAGUCAUUUAAAUAUUUUUCAGAAAAAUAACAAAGCUUAAAGAAAACGUUCAUCCUAGCUGCUGGGGAGUUGUCCGUAGAUGAUGGAAGAACUCACUUCCUGCAGCUUGUAGUGUUUGGGGUGGGACCUGUUUUACAAAGGGGGUUUGUGGAGUCUGUAGACAGUGUUUUCAAUGUGCUUUCAGCCCUCUAAACCGUAUGCUUCUAGUAGCGUGUAUUAACUUCCCCCAGUAGGUACAUCCACAAAACCCAGAUUCCGUUUCUGUGGUUGGUACAGACUUUGUCUCAUCAAGGAGAAGUUUCUAGUUGAUAUACAAGUGGCUGGCUUUCUGAGUAGAGUUAGGAUACAAAAAAACAAAACAAAAACAAAAAGCCUUGUAGAGUAUGAUCCAUUAUACAGUAUACCUGUUACUUACAAAGAAGUCUGAAAAUGUUUGUUUUGUGGAAAAUAAAAUUUAAAAAGAAUUUUAAGAGAAGCUAGUUAAAUGUAUUAUCCCUAACCUGAAUGAAAUGAACCAUUGCCUCAUUCCAUGCAUGGUUUAAAUAAGUUCUUUCUGCCCAGUUUGUUUGAACCUGAGGAAACAUUCUUUUGAAUUUGUUGGGGUUCCUUUUUCUUUCUUGUCAUUUUGCAGAACAGUCGUCAAACUAGGCAUGGGG